CGAGAGAGAGAGCGAGCGAGAGAGACCGAGAGAGACAGAGUGUGAGAGUCGCUCCUGCCCUCUGUCUUUACACACUGCUGCCUGUGUGUGCGCCGUCUCUCCUUGCCUGCACUCUCUCACACACACACACUCACGCAGACGCACGCUCACACAGACCGAGGGAGAGAGCGGAUAGAGCGAGCAAGAGAGAGAGGGAGAACACAUCGCAGCAGAGAUGCAGCAGGAGGUUUUCCGAGGUUUUGGGGGCCGGUCAUGGUGUCCUGGCUGGAGGUGUUGGACCCCCUCCACGCAGGCCUCUUCUUGCUACGCCUGAACGAGCAACGCCUGCCUGCCGGGCCCACCCUCUUCUGUGACGUCAACCUCAUCGCCACCAGCGACGCCAAGUUGGCCGCCUGCUGCCAGUACUUCCGCCAGCUGCUACUGCCGACGUCUUCCCCACCGCCUACGACUCCUGUAUUAGGCAGCAGCCACCCGCCAUCUACCCCCUCUUCCAGGCUCAUCCAGGGGGCUGAGCUGGACCUGCCUAACUUCCAGUCCAGUGUGCUGUCCAACCUGCUUGACUUCAUCUACUCCUCCCGUGUUGCCCGCCAGGGCUCCAAGGGGACCAGGCGUCUGUCGGAGGCGGGCCUCAGCCUUAGGGUGCCCAUCUUGACCAAUCUGGUUGAGGAAGAAGAGGAGGCGGAACCAGGGCAGAUGAAGGGUAAAAGCAGGCAGUGCCGAGGAGGGGAGGCCAUGAUGGAGGGGCUGAUGAAUGAUGAGGCAGACGGCCCCGAGAACGCUAAGAUCACCCUCAGCUUCCCCCUCAGCGCCGCCCUGCCCGCCGCCCUCACCGUUCACAACCACCGCCCCUCCUCAGCCACAUCCUACCCCCGCCGCCGACAUCCCUUCUCGGCCUCCAAGGCGUCCAACGAGGGGUCAGCGUGGAAACUGGAUGCCACCACCACAGACAAACGGCGGCCCUUUAACCCCCCCCAGCGGGACAGCUCCCCGUCCUCUUCCUCCGACUCCUCUUCCCCUUCCUCCUCUUCCUCUCCUAUGGAUCUUACCGCACUGGUCAAAAAGGACAUCAAAUCCCUCCCACCUCUUUUCAAAGCCGGUCUGGACUCCCAGUUCCACAGGUUCCCCCCCAGGUCCUCCAAUGGGCCUUUAAGUGGUUACCCAGGGGAGGGUCACAGACUGACCAAUGGCACGGCCUCACCCUCAAAGACUGCACAGAUCCUGUUCAACCUGAGCACCGUGGCCUAUCGGGGCCAGGGGGGGCGGGGCACAGACAGAAAGGAGAAAACAGGGAAAAAAGGUGGGAGGGUGGGCAGCCCCCAAGUUGGAACAAACCUACGCCCGCCCAACCUCCACCUUUCUCCUCCUCUUCCUCACCCCUCUGAGUCUUUCACUCUUCCUCCUCACUCCUGCUCCACCCCCCUAGAUGGCCCCAAGCCGGAGCUGAUAUGCGGGGUGUGCCACCGCCUCUUCAGCUCCGCCUUGUCUCUCACGGCCCACAUGCGGCUGCACCGUGGAGGCCGGGCCCUCAGCUGCCAGCACUGUGGCAAAGCCUUCAUACACAACAAGAGACUGCAGUCCCACGAGGCCUCCUGCACGCACGCUCUGAACCCGGCCCUCCCAUCUAGCAUCCCCCUUCUCCCCAUCCUGGCCAAAGAGGAGCCCCUGGAGGAAGGGGAGGUUAGGGUGGAGGGAGGACAGAUUGUGGGGGCAAGUGAAGAGGAUAUGAAGCCUGGCAAAGGGAAAAAAGGGCGAGGUCUCCUGGUUCGGCAUGAAGGCGACGUGUCAGAGCUGGUGGGGGAUGAGGACCACUUCGUCAAGGUGGUGGACGGCCACGUCAUCUACUUCUGCUCGGUGUGCGAGCGCUCCUACAUGACCCUGUCCAGCCUCAAGCGUCACUCCAACGUGCACUCGUGGCGCCGCAAGUACCCCUGCCACUUCUGCGACAAGGUGUUCGCCCUGGCUGAGUAUCGCACCAAGCACGAGGUGUGGCACACGGGCGAGCGACGCUACCAGUGCAUCUUCUGCUGGGAGGCCUUCGCAACGUACUACAACCUGAAGACCCACCAGAAGGCUUUCCACGGCAUCAGCCCGGGCCUCAUCUCCAGCGAAAAGACAGUCAACGGCGGUUACAAGCAGAAGGUCAACGCCCUCAAGUUCUACCGCCUGCUCCCCAUGCGUUCCCAGAAGAGACCCUACAAGACCUACAGUGACUCCCUGGCCAACAGCCUGCUGCUGCCCCCGUCUGACCCCUCUGCCGUCCCCUUGCCUCAGCCCCUGGACUGCAGCCUGCCCGGCUCCCUGGACCUUCACAGCCUCAUCAGUUGCUCUCUACCCAAGGGUGUGAAGCCUGACCCUGACGAGUUCCCUGCCGGCUUCCCCCUCUCAGUGGGCCUAGAGCAGGGAGAGAUCCCCACACUGCCCCCCACCCUAAUAGGUAUGGCCUUAGGGAGAGUAGCUGACAGAGAGGCAGAGUCAGAGCAGGUAGAUAGCUGUGGCAGCAGCUCCAAGGCAUCCGUUCGUAACAAAGUCAAAACUCCAAAGGUCAGCGGUAGCCCAGAGUUGGGUUUGUCCUCUGUCAUCACUUACGGCCACUCCAAGCCCUCCGUCAUAGUGCAUGGCACAGUGGCGCCAUCCGUCAUUGUCCAUAGCAACCAGGUCACCUCUGGGGCCGGGAAAGGCCCCCUGAGCAGCCCCUCCCCUGAAGUUAGCAACAGCCAGACACUCCCCAAGGUCAGUACAAAGCCUGUUAAAAUUCACAGGGAAAGUACGGAGAGCCAUAGGAAGAGAGCUAAAUUAGUGGACAGUUCAGAUGCCACAGAGGAAGGGGAGAGGAGAUCAGAAACAGGUAGGUCCCAUCAUAAGUCCCGCAAGGGGCACAGCAAGAGUGACAGCUCCUCAGCCAAACAGUCGUCCACAGGGUCAGAGGGCAAAGGGGCUGGGCCGCUGUGCCAGAUCACGGUGCGGAUAGGCGAGGAGGCCAUGGUCAAACGCAGCAUCUCCGAGACGGACCUCAAGAGGGACAGGAGCCCCCCUCCUUCCAGAGCCAAAAGGACGGACUCCUCCCCACAUGACUCCAAGGAACCUCGCCACUCCCACCACCACCAUCACAAACAUCGCUCCCAUCGCAGCUCUAGCGUCGAAGCUGAGGGGGAGAGAGGAGGAGAUGGAGAGAGAGAAAAUGGAGAGGGGGACAGCCGGAAGAAAAGCCCCAAAGCCACGGGCAAGGUCAGAGAGUACUACUUCCGCCAGGAGGUGCGCAAGCAGGGGGAGAGUGAGGACGAUGAGGACAACCUCUGGAGGCCCUACUACUCAUACAAGCCCAAGAGGAAGGCCCCUCAUGCCCACAAAACAAAGAACUGGCAACGCAAACUCCAUUACAAACGCUCCCUCCGGCUAAUGAGGAGGGCAGAGAGACUCAUGGACCAUGUGAAUAAGGAGGACCAAGAGGAGGAGGAUGGAAAGAUGGAUGAGGUGGAGCAGGAAGUGGGGGAGGUGAAAGAUCACAUGGAGCAGGAGGAGGGAGAGGCACCUGAAUUGUUCAGUACUUCCUCUAUACCUUCAAAAGAGAAGGACAAAGAGGGGGAGGAAGAAAUCGGGGAAGCCCACCUUAAGCCCGCUGAUCCUCCCCUGGUCUCUCCCCAGCCCCCAUUGUCUACCUCAGUCCCCCCUAUGGACACAAAAUGCCGGCCCUGGUCCGAUGGGAGUGCGUCGGAGUGCGAUACGUGCGGCCGCUGGUUCUCCAGUUCCAGGAAGCGGGAUAAACACGAGCUUAGCCACCUGCUGGAGUUUGUGUGCCUCCUCUGUAGGGCCCCCUUCCCUUCCAGGGACCAACUAGAGGACCACCAGAGAUCCCAGCACCCCAAAGCCCCCAACCCCUCGUCUGUGCCAUCCCGAGCGGGGUGUCUGUCACGAGAUGAGGGCAUGGAGACAGAGACUGAGUUAACAGAGGUAGACAGGGCGAGAGAAAGGGUUAUACUAGGGAAGGGAAGUCCAAGUCGCCUAAGCAGGAGGUCGUUGGCGAGACACACCUGUCCGCAGUGCCAUAAGGUGUGCAAGACAUCCUCAGCGCUAAACCGCCACGUGAGGCGCCACGAGUUAAGCAGCUCCCCGGAGAGAGAAAAGGAGGAGACGCAGACAGAGUCAAAAACAGCAGCAGCAGCAGAGACAACAGUUAGCACUGUUAGCAAAGACGUAGAUACCACAAGUGACCAUGUUCCCGUUGUUCACUCUGUCCCAGUUAUCAGCUACCCUAUCCCAGAGACACAGCAUAGUAGCGAGGCCAUAGAGCCGCUGCAGUGUGCGAGCCAGCCUAGCGAGGUGAAAGCAGAGCACCAAACUCCAACACUGUGCAGCGGCCUUGAACUCAAAGAACUUAAUGAACUCACAACUCCCAUUCCUGACAGAGAGCCCAGUCCUCAGAUUAUUCAGCCCCCUCCAGAGAUCCCCACAGCCGACCGGCCGACACCAUCUCCCUCUCUCUGCUGCUCCUCGGCCCUCCAGGGUGUGCUGGUCAUGAGCAGCGGAGCUGAAUGUCUGGACUACCGGACCCCCAGGAAGAGGAGUCUGGAGGGGCAGAACCACAGGAGGACCAGCCCUGCACCUGUCACUUCUUCAAAUAUGCCCCCGACCUUGCAGAUGAGAAUCAGCCAUACUGCUGCUCCUUUGUCCGUUGCCAUGACAACACUGCCCCUCCAAGGGGUCUGUGGUGUGAAGCAGGAGGGGGAUAUUGUGGGAAAAGGACUGAGGGAGGGAUGUGGGAUGGGCCUCCUCCAUCAUGCUGGUUUUAAGAACUCACCAGUGGCCCAAGAUCUCAGGGUCCCACCCUUGUCCAGGAGCCCCAGUCCCAACCAAGCACAAGACCUGACCAUGUCCUCGAUUCUAGCCAGGGAGAGGGAGGUGGAGAGGGAAAGGCAGAGAGAAUGGGAGAGGGAGAUGAAGAGAGAGCUGGAAAGGGAACAGGAUAUGGAGAGAGAGUUGGAAAGGGGGAGGCAGAGGGAAAGGGAUAUGGACAGAGAGCUAGAAAGGAGGAAGCAGAGGGAGAGGGAUAUGGACAGAGAGCUGGGAAGGAGGAAGCAGAGGGAGAGGGAGAUGGACAGAGAGCUGGGAAGGGAGAGGCAGAGAGAAAGGGAGAUGGAGAGGGCUCAGCAGUCAAGGGGAGCAUCACUACAGGAGCAGUCCAGAGACAUGGAGGGGACCCUCCUGGUACCCAAAGAGGAGCCGAUUAGUCCCGCACCAUCCCCGAUACACACACCAAUUCAAACUACUAUUAACAGCCCACCCUUGCAGAGGCGGCCCUCCAAGUCUCCCCGCCGCUUCCCCACUGCCAUGGACCUACUGAUGCAGGCCAACCGACAGGUUGCCCAGUCCCUGCGUGGCACACAGGGUCUCGAGAGAUUUCAGUUGCCCCCUGGGUCGGUUAGUGGCAGCGACCGCCCUUCUGCCCAUGCCCUGCUGCUCCCCCGGGCCCCCCCACCGUCCGAGGAAGAGCCCCUGGACCACUCCCCAGCGCCAUCGAGAGACCCUCACAGAGGGGAGGUCACUGCCAGGGGAUACCCCAUGCAGGACUACCCGCUGCCCCUCAUCGUCCAGGGUGGCUACCACUCUGGCAAGAAGCAGGAGGACAACCUGCUCAUGUCCUACCCGACGGGGCCACUCGCCUUCGGGCCGCUGGGGAAGAUGGUGCCUACCGGGGAUCUUGCCAAACUGCCAUUCUACCCCGACCCCUACCACCUGCUUUACGGGCCGCAGCUGCUGGCCUACCCCUACAACCUGGCCACCCUGCCCAUGGCUUUGAACAUGAUGGCCCCCGGGGGGGAGAAGGUGGAGCCGUUGCCCUUCCUCCCUGCCCUCUUCAACUACGCUGCUGCAGCUGGUCCCUACGCUGGCAUGGCGCCACACCACCUAGUGGGUAACCCCAGCCUCUACAACAGCAGCGGCGGUAGCAGCAAGAAACAGCGGGACAACAGCAGCGGAAAGUUGUAGAAGGUGUAUAAAGAAACGACAUCUGAGGAAUAUUUCAAAGCGGACGACCAGUCCCUGUAGUGGAGAAGGAAGGGUGCCAUCGGCUCCUUUGUAGUGAGUACACUUGCACAGUCCCCUGCCUCUCUUUUGUAAAGUAGCGAUCAGAGCCAAAGCGUUGAAUCAGGAGGAGGGAUGAUGGGAAGUGGGGGAGUGAAGUAAGAGGAGGAGAGAAAAAAGACAGAUCCAUCAUUAGAGACGGAUAUCCCCCUCUCCUUUCCUCUGGCUCUCCCCAUUCACCUCUGGUUUCUGUUCUCACGUCUUUCAGUAGUAAUAGUUCUAGAGCUUGAUUAAUUGUCCUCUCAAACUUGUUAUGACAAUAUCUAUAAUAUAAGAAUAACAACAGCUAACAGGGUGUGUUUUGCGAAUCAUUUGUUUCGGUCCGCUUCCCAUUCUGUUGACCGCAUAAUAAAUACAGGGGAGGCUUUGUUUUAGGGACAGAAGGGAUCAGCCAAAAAGGACAUAAUUCGACACAGUGGGAGUCGGAGCAUUAAAAUACACUGUGUGAGUGUGUGAUAUGUGUGAUUGCUUUAGUAAACUUGUGCUCCAAGUGUCUGUGAGAGCUUUAUAUGAGCAGGUAACAUGCACAGUAUGUAGGAAUUCUGUUUGUGCACGCUGAGGUGGGAUUUUGCUUGUUUGGCGUGGAUGUGUGUGUGGAUGUGUGUGUGGAUGUGUGUGUGUGGCUGUAUGGCUGCCAUCUGAGUGCUGAUCGUUACAUGGGGUUCUGAGGUGUUAGCAACAUUCUAACACUAGAUGGACUAGGCAUUAUAGGUCAGUGCAUAGAAGCAUUAGAAGGAAUUCCUCUAUUUCCAGUUCACAAAGCAGCAACUCUAGCGAACCUUUUGCCUGGAGUAGAAUCUGUAUUUGCGUCAAUUACCGAUCUUGUGAGCUAAUGUUGCCUCCAGUAACCAUAGUGGCCAGAUGACUUUCAGUCCAGGUCACUAACCUAAGACCAUAGUGGCCAGAUGACUUUCAGUCCGGGUCACUAACCUAAGACCAUAGUGGCCAGAUGACUUUCAGUCCGGGUCACUAACCUAAGACCAUAGUGGCCAGAUGACUGUCAGUCCGAGUCACUAACCUAAGACCAUAGUGGCCAGAUGACUUUCAGUCCAGGUCACUAACCUAAGACCAUAGUGGCCAGAUGACUUUCAGUCCAGGUCACUAACCUAAGACCAUAGUGGCCAGAUGACUUUCAGUCCGGGUCACUAACCUAAGACCAUAGUGGCCAGAUGACUUUCAGUCCAGGUCACUAACCUAAGACCAUAGUGGCCAGAUGACUUUCAGUCCAGGUCACUAACCUAAGACCAUAGUGGCCAGAUGACUUUCAGUCCAGGUCACUAACCUAAGACCAUAGUGGCCAGAUGACUUUCAGUCCAGGUCUGCUUCGAGGUUCAUGUUAGUUUUUACCUUGUGCAUAACAGCUGGAAAACAUUCCUAGAAAAGGGGGGGGGAAGACUUGACACUUGUAGCUGUUAUGUACAUGUACUGUAGCUGGCCACUGGGUGACAAUCAUAGGCUAGUGUAGACCAUACACUUCCAGUUCUCCUUGUACUCAUCUCAUUUCUUCCAAGGAUUGAAAAUAAUACAACAAGAAUCAGUCAACCUUUUUAUUCUUGUGGCCUUUUUCCUCCCCCUGAUGCCCCCUGGUGUCCACCAAAGACCCACUCUAUUUGCUAGGCCGUGUUGAAGAGAGGGGGAGUGUACAAGGAAAUACAUAGAGAUGGAAUCAGGGUAGGGCAAUUCCUGUGAUCCUAAGAGAGAUUAAAAGAGAAACACAGAGGCCAGGGCGCACCUAGGUCAGUACCCUCAACGGAGCUUCCUACAUCUUGAUGUAGAAUCAAAAAGACCCCUCCCCCUCUACUGAAAGGAGAUAGAAAAGGACAAGGCGAAUGGAGUCGGACGACGCAGUAAGAUCACGCCACACUGAGGUCUGCUUGUCUCAGACAGCUUUUUGUGUUCCAAUAGCUCCUCUCCUCCCUCCUUCUACGCUCUGGGGUAGAGAAGCGAGAGGUGACGUAAUCGUCUCCCACAGAGCUGGUGUUGAAGGGCCGGGCUUAGCAGCAUCCACUGUGCCGCUCUGAGUUUCCCAGAAUCCUGUGGGACUUUUUCCUGUUCUGAGUCUUUCUCUGUGUGAUUUAUCUGUUACACUACAUUUUUUGAUUUGUUUAACUUUUUCUACCCCCUUUUGCUAGCUAGACAAAAGUGGAUUCAGCAAAAGGGGGUUUGAGUACACUUAUAAAUAUGAAUGUAAUUUUAGUCAAGAGGUUAUUGAAGUACAAAAUGCAUUAAAGGUAGAUGGAUUUCAGUUUUUCUGACUUGAAAAAUAACAUGUGUAAAGAGCCGUUAUGAAGUCUGGUAUGCAUAUAUACUGUACAGUCCUAGGAAAGUCAAGAAACUUGGGUUCUGUAUCCACUAAAGCAUGAGCAACACUCGCUUCCUAACAGUUUAUAUCCUCCUAGGUAUCCAAAAUCACUCACUUUCUCUUCCCCAUAACUUUGUUUCUUUUUCCUUCCACAUCCUGUCCUUUUCCCCCAUUAUCUCAGCUCUCAAUCUCGGUUUUGUCUCGGUUGUAUUUGUUCCGGAGUAUAACCCCCUCAAAAAGAGCAGCUGCCACGUUUAUUUCUCAGAAUCAGUAUGGGAGCUGUCCAAUUAUCCCCCUUCCUCCCCAAACAAACACACACUUUACAACACCUCUUUGAAGUGUGUAAUGGGUAUGUGUGUAUGAUGCCACCGCUGCGCUGUUAGUUUCGGGCAGGAGGACGAAAACACAGCGUGACCAACCGCAGGGGCUUGCGGCCUCCACUUGGGUGUGGUUACAAGCCUUUUGUGCGUCUCGUGUGUGUGUGUGUGUGUGUGUGUGUGUGUGUGUGUGUGUGUGUGUGUGUGUGUGUGUGUGUGUGUGUGUGUGUGUGUGUGUGUGUGUGUGUGUGUGUGUGUGUGUGUGUGUGUGUGCACAUCUCUGUGUGUGUGUGUCUGUGAAAAAGGAAAACCAAAACAAAUCUGCUUCUAUGCAGCAUAUCCCUCGGGGUAUAGGGACCUCCUGUAUUUUUUUGUUGCCUUUUUCAGUGGUUUUGUUCCAGAGCCCCCCCUCCCUACCCAGCUGUAAAGACUCUCUCCAUACUAUACCUAUCGGAGGCCAUUUCACUAUAUGGACAUAUUUGUGUUUUGUAAAAAACAUUUCUUAUGCCAUAGUUUUGCCAUCAUGGCAAUCAAUCAUUGACCAAACGCCUGCAAAUAGACAUAAAGAUUGAAUUCUGGUGAUGAUAUACACAUUUACGGUAUGUUUAGUAAGUUCAAAUGAAUUGUGCCUCCGCUUUGAUAUAUUUAAACGUAGCUGUAUUGAAAUGGUGAGGAUCUUCCAGAUUUCAGACAAGGUGCCUUUUUAUGGCAUAAGAAAUGUAAAUGGUAUAUGGCUGAAUUGAUCAAAAUGGCAAAUAACUUGAAGAAAAACCAUGUGGUUUAGUGUGCUAUGAAGCUGGUCAUAGUUCUAGGGGUGUGGCUAAACAGUUUGGUAUUGUGUAUGUUUAGGUAAAUACUGUGCCAUAGUUUUUAGAGUCCACAAAUACGUUAUCGUUUUCUUUCUUCUUCAAAUAUAAAAUGUUUUAAUGUUGCCUGAUAACGUUGUCUCUGGAUUUGAUACAAAGGCUUGUAGCCACAGCUUUCCCAAAGUCCCUUGUUUGUUUACUUCCAUGUUUCUUUAACUCUUUCCUCUUGUUCUCCUCUCUCCUCUUCGCUACAAUCAAACAAAUAAAGUAUUAACCUGAUGACCCAACAGA